GAUCAGCUCCUUUUUGCCCCAAUCAUUCUCAAACAGACUGUCCUCCGGGUCUCUGUCUCACUGUAGAAACAGACAGACAUUGUUUCUGCUCCAGCUUCUGGUCUGUGGAGGAAACCCAAUUCCCAAGAUGGACAUGGAAGAUCAGUGGGAUGUCAUUACAAGUGAUGAAGUCACAGAAAUUCAAGAAGAAAUGGAGAAAAGUCCUGAUAAAGGACUUGCAAAGAUAAAGGAGUAUUUGGAGAAGCAGAAGAACACUCCACUGAACAUCGCCAUCACUGGAGAAUCUGGCUCUGGAAAAUCCACCUUCAUUAAUGCUUUCAGAGGCAUAAACGACAGCGAUGAAGGAGCCGCCCCGACUGGAGUUGUUGAAACCACAGCAGUGGUCGAAUCGUAUCCUCAUCCGAACCAUCCCAGUGUCAGGCUAUGGGAUCUCCCUGGUGUUGGAACCCCCAACUUCCCAGCUGAUGAGUACUUGGAGAAGGUUGGAUUUGAGAGGUUUGACUUCUUCAUCAUCAUCGCAGCCUGUCGCUUCAAAGAAAACGAUGUGAAACUCGCUCUGGACAUCAAGAGGAUGGGGAAAAAGUUCUACUUUCUUCGUUCAAAGAUCGACAGUGAUAUAAGCAACGAGGAAAAACGAAAGAGAAAUUUCAACAGACAGAAGACUCUCGACGACAUCAGAGAAAACUGCAUUAAAGGUCUUCGUGAUCAAGGCAUUGAGGCUCCACAGGUCUUCCUGGUGUCCAGCUUUGAGCUCCACCUGUUUGAUUUCCAUUUGCUGGAGGAGACAUUGGAGAGAGAGCUUCCUGCACACAAGAGGAACGCUUUUCUCUACGCUCUACCCAAUAUCAGCAAGGAGAUCAUCAAGAAGAAGAAGGAAGCUUACCAAGCUCAAAUCAAGUAUCACGCUUUGUUUUCUUCUGGUGUGGCAGCUGUACCGGUCCCUGGACUUUCCUCUGCUGUUGAUCUGGUCUUGGUGGUGGGCGUUGUCACGCAAUACGUGAACGGGUUCGGGCUUGAUAAGGCGUCACUGAGGAGGCUUUCUGACUCCUCAGAUGUACCAUACUCUGAGCUUGUUUCUGUCAUGACUUCAAAACUGGGAGGAACAACAAUCACCCCAGAGCUCAUCAAGAAGCUGUUGAGCCAACUUGCACUGGAAGGAGCAUUAAUAGCUGCAGAGGAAGUAUCCAGAUUCUUCCUUUUUAUUGGGAUUCCAGUAUCAAUGAUCCUCUCUGGUGUUUCCACUUACAGAAUUCUGAAUUUUUUGCUCGACCUGGUUGCUGAAGACGCUCAGAGAGUGUUUGAAAAGGCUGUUGAAAAAAACAGUGAAGUGUGAUUCUGUGGCACAUCUCAGAGUGGUGUGCACUCAAGUUAAUCUGAGCAGAUUAGAUUGGAGUUAAAUAUGAGUGAAACACAAGAGUGUGAUCUGAUUAUCUUUUUAAACUGUAUGCAAUGAUAAGGGCUACACAUUUAUUGCAACAGUGAUUUGACGUAUAUGAUAUUUGUUGAAACACCUGAACCAGCAUCAGCAGCAGAUGUCUUCAGAUUAUGGUGUGAUAAAAUUUGUAGGAAUAAUAACUUAAAACCAUAUAAACGACAAUCCAUAGGCUACUUAUAAUUCUGUUAGUUUUGUUUGAGUCUUUUCUGAGGUAUACUAGAGCAGAAUGAAAUGUGCAUAUUGAUAGUCUUUGCUGACCUCUAGUGGUCAUUUUGAGAAUUUACAACCAGAUAAAAUUCAGAUUUCAACUUUUUUUUCUUUGUUUCCAGUUGAAAAUGUUCAGCAGUCAUGUAAGAAAUUUCCUUUCAUUCUUUUGUUGCAGCUCAUGUUAUCAGUUUGGUUUGAAGAGACAGUGAUGUGUUUUCUUGGGUCUUCAGAUGGAUUAUUAUUGUUUGUAUGUGGGCACAUUGAGGGUCCAUAACUUCAGUCUUUCAGAUUUUGAUUAUUUCUGUCAAUUAUAAAUGAACAGCGAUCAAAAAUCUUUUUACCCAAAAGUGAAAGUCAAGCAAUAAUAAUAAUACACAUUUUUGAUUCAAAUAUUUUUUUAAGCGAGCUUCCUUAUUUUAUUAUAAAAUCAUUUGUAACAAGGACAUAUAUUUUAUUAUACAUUAAUAAAGACACCUUUGCUGUCA